AUAUAAAACAUAAUAGAUAAUAUCGUAUCUUUUUGGAUGACCAAAGCAUUAGACUAGGAUAUACUACAGGUCUUCCAAAAUCACUGCAAAUUCCGAAACAUUCCGAAGGAAUUAUUGGACCUCAAGUGUAAGUAGAGGUCCCGAGGAACUGCUAUGAACACAGUCCAGAUUCUCACUGCGGCAGUGUGGAUAUCCGCCCUAGUAUCUGUGAGAGGUGUAACAGUGAAUUCAGAAGAUGGAUGUUCAGUAGAUAAGUACGUAGUCUGUGAUGAGAAUGCUGACUGUGAGGACACUUCCAACGGCACGGUAACCUGUACGUGUAAGGGGGAGUACCAGGGGGACGGACUGAAGGGGGACAACCACACGGGCUGCAGACUCCCGGGUGACCACCAUCCCUGUACAAAUGAGACAGCAGCUGAGGAGUGUCAUUCUUAUGCUGUGUGUUCCCCCGGCGGAUACUGCGAGUGUAAAUCUGGAAAUAGAUAUAAAUUUUAACAUUGUGCCACGUCCAUGUGUAAAGAUAUUGAUGAAUGUGCCACACUUCAUCCCUGUCAUGUUCAUGCCAACUGUCAGAACCAGUUAGGGACAUUCCAGUGUGUCUGUAAAGCAGGAUACAGAGGGGAUGGCUUCAAUUGUUCAUUUUAUUGUAAGCAGAAUGAAGACUGCCACAAUGAUGCUGUCUGUGUUGACAAAGAGUGUGUUUGUAAGGGAGGUUACUCUGGCAAUGGAACACAUUGUACAGAUAUUAAUGAAUGUGACUUAAAAACCUACACCUGUGACCCAAAUGCAAAUUGUGAAAAUAUUGUGGGUAGUUAUUUUUGUGUGUGUAAGCCAGGGUAUACUGGUAAUGGAAAAACUUGUACAGUAUUACCAAAGAACUGUGAUGAAAUUUUACAAAAGGAUAAAAACUCAAAGGAUGGAGUAUAUACUAUAGAUGCAGAUGGGACUGGUCCUUUAUUGGAGUUUCAGGUUUACUGUGACAUGCGGCCUGAUAUAGGAAUCACCAUUAUGAACACCACCGCCCCCACCACUGUCAUUACUCAAGGUCAGCCAGAGGUCAACAUUACCUACAAUGCCACACUGCCACAGAUCACCAAGGUCACAGAGAUCUCCAAUUUCUGCUAUCAAUACAUGGGAACAACCUGCAGAAACAAUGCCAAAACUCUAGAUGGUAAUGAUUACUGGGUAGAUGGUAAGGGGAACCAGCACAAAACAUGGGGAGGAGCAGUUUUUGAGGGCAAGUGCUCCUGCGGGCAGCUGCGUUAUUGUGAAACAAGACAAGCCAACUGUAACUGUGAUGGUACUCGCUCGGGAGCUAAGGACGAGGGGAAGAUUCUGGACAAGAACCAGCUCCCCAUACAGACAGUAAGAUUCGGUCUGGAUACCUCAUCCCAGAAAAUGGAGGUAGAGAUCGGGAAUGUGGUUUGUGGCCCCAAACCAUUUGAUUUCCCAAUAGACUGUGAUGAUGCCAAGUUUAACAAUCUGUAUAAAGUGAAGAAAGACGGAGCCCAGAUUAUUGACAUUGACGGCCCUGACGGUCCUACAAACCCCGUCCUUGUCCACUGUGACAUGGAGUCCUACCCACACGUGGGGAUCACAGUUAUCCCCCAUGACAACUAUGACCCAGUGUCACCUACCACUCCAGGACAACACAACCUGACCUACGUAAUAGACAAACCCUCCAUCCUGAAGAUCAUAGAGGAAUCACCAUUCUGUAGACAGGAUGUGGAAUACUCCUGCACAGAUUCCAGACUGAUGAAUGGUGGGGACAAGAAGGGCUAUUUUACAGACAUUAAUGGUGUGAUGAAGGACUACUGGCCUGGGGGGAUGGGGAUAGCUGGAAUGUGUGGGUGUGGCCUGACCAAGUCAUGUGCUGAACCAGACAAAAAUUGUAACUGCGACACAAUAGAUGGAACACCCAGGAAAGAUAUUGGUGUGGUCAGUAAUAAAGGGGAUCUCCCUAUAGGCUCCGUGUCCUUCAGUGACAUUGGGGGGAGCAAAGCGGGAGAGUAUUAUGUGGCAGCCCUCAAGUGUAGUCGACAAGAAUUUGGAUUUGAGGUCAAUUGUCAAGGCUACCUGAACCAAGGUCAAAACUACAGUUACACCUACAUGGUAGAUCCUGAUGGUCCAGUUCCUAGGGACAAAUCAGACCCCACCAAUGUGGCCCCCCUCCCAGUGGAGUGUAAGAUGAAGGUGCAGCCACCACAUGCAAUAACAAUAGUCCAUCACGAAUCAGAAUCGGAGCAAACUAUAAUAGGAGGAAGUAUAGUCUUCAAGUAUCGCUAUGCAACUGAUGAACAACUUAUAAAGCUGCGGGAACGUUCUGUGUAUUGCUCACAGUCGGUUGUCCAUAAGUGUAUAAAAUCCCCAGUGUUUGCACAAGAUGGUUCCUCCAUUGGUUACUGGGAGGAUGUGAGUGGAUCCAAGCAUUACUACUACACAGGCAAGGAAGGGGAGGGGUGUGCCUGUAAACUCACCCAGAGCUGUGCGGGGGGAUCUGAUGACAAAUGUAACUGUGACAUCAAUGACCUCACCCCCAGGAAUGACUCAGGAACACUUCUUAACAAGGAGGACCUUCCAGUUAAGAGCAUGUUCUUCAGUCCCACUGGAACUUCAUCUGUUGACAUUGGGCCAUUGGAAUGUCUUGAGGUGUUCCCUACCUGUGCUGAUCUGUACUUCUUUAUGGCGGGUAAGCGCUUGAAGAGCGAGAACAUGGUCAAGAGUAAUCAGGACUACACGGUAGAUCCAGAUGGACCAGGAGGAGUGGCACCGUUUGCUGUCAGCUGUCAUUUCCCAAUGACUGUCGUCAAAAUUGGUCCUGGUUACUUUAACUACACAUUUGGCAAACCUGGAGACUCCCCAGUCACUAAAUGCUUUAACAUCGAGUAUAAACCAGAUGUCUCAGCAGAACAGAUAACGGCUUUGGUUGCACAAUCCACUCACUGUACACAGCACCUCAGAUACACCUGUACAAAUGCUCCGAAGACAGACAAAGUCACCUUCAGCACCUGUGAUGGAAAAAAACAGCCAGGUUGGGGUGGAUCCGGGGGUAUGGACAUGUGUGCCUGUGGGACCAGUGGAACGUGUGCUGGAGAAGCAGGGGCCAAGUGUAACUGUGACCUGGAGGACGGACAGUCCCGGGGUGAUGACGGGUGGAUCUAUGACAAGACUCGCCUCCCUGUGUGUGAAGUCUGUCUCACCCUGGACCCCACCAACCCAGAGGCACCGAGCAGGACAGCAGCCUAUGUAGUCUCCAACCUCCACUGUAACAGUGGACCUAUAGGGAUGUAUGGUUCCUGCCAGGCAAGAAGAAAUGCUGGAGAGUAUAAGAAUGCCACCACUUAUGUGGACCCUGAUGGUCUGUGGUCUGGAGAACAGGGAUUCCCUGUGUACUGCUCCUACGUUCCUCAUCCACCUCUAGGGUUCACUGAAAUUCGACCUAAGGAACCAGUGAUUACAAUAGAGUUCAUUGGAGGAGAUAUUGAGAUCUUGUACUAUGUAUUUAAUCUCAGUCUAGUACACAUGCUGGUUAACAAAUCAGUGUACUGUGAACAAGAAAUCUACGUUCUUUGUAAUGGUGCACCAGAGCCAAGCGAAGACCAGGGACGCAAAAUGACCGACUGGGAGGUACAGGCUGAAGGUGGUGGAAUUCAGUGUAAGGCAGGCAGUUGUCUCUGUACACACGAUGGGACAGAGGUUUAUGGAGGAAUUAUUGGUGUUCAGGAUCUCCUGCCAGUGAGCAAGAUUAAUCUCCCCCAGUCUACACAGCGAAGAAAACUCAGCACAGGGGCCAUGAAGUGCUAUGAUGUGUAUCCUGAUUGUAAUGAGAUCAAGAUAGCCAAAAUGAACAAGAACCCACUAGGAAACAACCUCUAUGCUAUUGACCCAGAUGGUGCUGGGGGUGAAAAACUUUUCCCAGCUUUCUGCGACUUUAAAACCAACGAGAAGAUAGGAAUCACUGAGAUUCCUAUUCAAGAGCCAGGUGUGCCAUUUAAGCUGACAAUAACUGGACAGCCAGACCCUGAAAAGAACAGACACGCCAUCCUGUAUCCUGAUGCCACACCUGAACAGAUUCAUCAGCUGACCACCAGAUCCUCAUUCUGUCACCAGGGUAUCCAGUAUGAGUGUGUAGAGAGUCCCCUCUCCCCUAACUACGGUUACUAUGACAUCUACAAUGGGACGAAGGUGUCCAGUUUUGGUACAGGAUAUGCUUCCUCUACUGAUGGCUGUGCCUGCACACUGACCGGCACCUGUCCUGCAGGAAAACUCUGUCACUGUGAUGCUAAAGGUAGUAUGGUGUCUUAUGAUGUGGGGGAGGUGACAGAUGGGACUGUCAUGCCGGUGACGGAGCUCAGUUUUGGAGGACAGACGAGUAGCACUGCCACCGCUACUGCCACCCUGACCAACGUCAGGUGUGGUCCUCCCGGGGAGACUUUUGACUUACCAAAGGAUUGUGAAGAGGCCUAUAAAAUGAAAUACAAGACAGGGGAAGUCAUGAUUUGGCCAACCGCCACAGUCAAACCGUUCUUUGUGUACUGUGAUAUGGAGCUGGUACCCAACCAUGGUGUGACAAUCAUUGGUAAUGACAGAGAGGUCCCUACUCCAGUGGAUGGAACCAAGGUGGUUACUGUGACCUACAACAACGUCACAGAGAAACAAGUGGAAUCACUGACACACAUCUCCUCCUUCUGUUUCCAACCGGCCAAAUAUGACUGCUACAACACACUGUUCAUUGGAAGCAACUUGUUUUCCUGGGUUGGAGGCAAUAUUCAGGAUAAUAGUUUCCUGGGUAUUGGAGGAGAGGGACAGUGCACAUGUGCCAAAUCUCAGCAGUGUGGAGGGAAUGUCAGUGAGGCAGUGCUCAGAACCAGGAAAUGUAACUGUGAUGCGGCUGAGCUCCAGUGGAGGAGAGAUGGGGGAGUUAUUAACAGUACCAGUAAACUUCCCAUGAAAACCCUCAACUUCCUGGACAGUCAGAGAGAGGGUGCCAAGGGGGUCAUCACUCUGGGAAAACUCUAUUGCUCACAAAUAGACUUCGAUCUGGAUGAAUGUAAGAUGGACUUUGAUGACUGUGAUACCAAUGCUGUUUGCAUCAACAAAUAUGGAUCAUUUGGCUGUAAAUGUAAAGCGGGCUACAAUGGUUACCCAGAGCAACCAGGCAGAUGGGCAAAUGGGCGCAAUUGUUAUGAUGACAAUGAAUGUGACCUCCUGAGAUGCCCCCACUCUGCGAUCUGUACUAACACCAUUGGGUCCUUUAAGUGUACCUGUAAGCCUGGCUAUAUACAGACAUCUCCCACCACCUGUCAGGACAUCAAUGAGUGUGCAGACCCCAAUCUCAAUGACUGUGACCCCAACGCCAAGUGUUAUAACCUGGAGGGAACUUUUGAGUGCCGCUGUAAGCGUGGAUUCAGAGGAGAUGGCAAAACGUGUGAAUCUGUUGGUCUGUGCUCCUGUUUUGGUGACCCCCACUGUAUCUCCUUUGAUCAGAAGUGGCUCCAUUUCCAGGGAGACUGCCAGUACGUCAUGUCACAGGACGGUUGUCACGGGACCAGCCCCACCUACCAGGUCCUGACCACCCACUGGAACCAGGACCGCCCCGGAGUCAAUCACGUCUCCUGGGUCAAAUCUGUCACCGUCAAACUACCGGGAUAUACAGUAGAGCUGUUACAGAACCAUGAAGUGAGAGUAAAUCAGCUGAAGAGAACACUGCCUUAUAAACCAGAAGGGAGGUUACUCAUCAGACGUUAUGGAAGCUGGGUGGAGGUGUACAGUGAGCUAGGAGUGCAGGUGAACUGGGAUGGAUUCCAGGCCGUGGAGAUCCAGGUUACCAAGAGUUACCAGAACCAGACCUGUGGACUGUGUGGAGACUACAACCAGAAUCCGGACGAUGACUGGAGGCUCGGACCAGCCUGUGAUGUCACAGGAGAUAUUACAACUAACUUUAAUAAGUUUGGUAACUCCUACGUGGUGAAGAGUUACGCUGACAGUAAUCCACAGUGUACGUUUGACUGCUACUCCCCACCAGAAGAACCCGAGUGUCAGGAAACGGACCGACAAAUCGCCGAGUACUACUGUAACCAAGUGUUUGAUCUCAAUGGAAAACUGAAGUCCUGUUUAACAAGAAUGGAGACAGCUGAUUUUGAGCAGUACAAAACUUCCUGUGUUUAUGAUGUAUGCUGGGUCAAGGACAGUAUCUGUAUGAUUGCCAGUCAGCUGGUCAAGGAUUGUCAGAACAACUACGGCCUUAACCUCACCGACUGGAGAUCACCUAAACUCUGUGAGAAAUCUUGUGAGGAGAACAUGGAGUAUUUGACAUGUGCCAAGUCAGAUCGUAUGAAGACCUGCGCAGAUGUGAUGGGGUCCGUAUCUAUCCCCACCCAGGAUCUGUGUCAGGAGGGGUGCUACUGUAAGGAGGGGAUGGUGCUGGACGGGGACAGGUGUGUGGAGGAGAAAGACUGUGGCUGUAACUACAAAGGGGAAUACUACACAGUGGUACCUAUAGAAAUUGAUGGUGCUGAGGGCUGUACUGUUACCAUGGUGUGUAAUGAGGAAACUAUGUUACUUUGUUCAUUUUUGUUUGUGUUUUUUUUUCUCUCUUCCCUCUUUUACUGUCACACUGUUGCCUCCUGUAAAUGUAGGAGAGGUAUCUACGGCUGUCACUGUAACUACAUGUACCGCGGAGACGGACAGAACUGUACUUAUGACCCAUGUGGUAACAAUCCUUGUGGUGCUGAUCAGGCAUGCGUGGUGACUGACACUGGUUUUGUGUGUGAGUGUAAGAUGGGUUACCAAGGAGACUGCAACAACUGUGAAGAUAUUGAUGAAUGUGCUACACGUACAGACAAAUGUCCAGAUAAUUCCCGCUGUAUCAACACCCCAGGGUCCUACAGAUGUGAGUGCUGGUCAGGAUUUACCAAGACUGGGGACAUCUGUGAAGAUAUAGAUGAAUGCAAGAUUUCCAGCCUGAAUAAGUGUAACUCCUCCACUAAGUGCUUCAACCGUCCAGGAGGCUAUCACUGUGAACCAUGUGAUGAUACAUCAGCUGUUAAAUGCUGUGCCUGUUACGGAUAUAGAUGUAAUAAACCAGGGAAAGUAUGUGGUACGGAUGGUAAGACUUACAAUUCAGAGAAGGACCUAAUUGUGGAGGCCUGCGAAACUGGACAGAGUGGAUAUAAUGGACUGAGAGUGGACUACAAAGGACCAUGUAUAGAUGCAUGUCAGGACCAGUGUCCUGAAUGGCAGAACUGUCGUAUGGAUGAGAACGGUAGACCAACCUGUGAAUGUGAGCCGUGCAGUGCUGAGGAAACACAGCCAGAGAGUCCAAAAGUCUGCAGCAAUAUGCUGGAUUUAUACCCCAACAUGUGUGUGUUUAAGAAGGUCAUGUGUAUGCUGGACUUGGAACAUGUGUCUCUGAAUUCAACAACUCCAUGCUAUGACAAAUCUGGAGAACCAAUGACCUCAGACUGGUCCCCAUGGAGUCCCUGCAGUGUGACCUGUGGGAGGGGGACCCAGAUCAGAACUCGUAAACCAAACCGUGAUUUUGAUGCUUUCCUUGCUGGCAAAUAUCCACUGGAGGACGUCAAAAAAUGCUACAAAGACCCAUGUCCUGAUGGACCUUGUUAUGACUUCAACUGUACGCUGUCAUCGGAGGAGUGUGUAGUGAUUGCCGACGCAGCUAAAUGUCAGUGUCCCGAGUGUAGUGAUAUGGAGGAAGAUGAAGUGUGUGCCACCGUGGGAACCAAUAAAACAACGUACAAGAACCCAUGUGAGGCCCAGCAAGACGCCUGUAAUAAGAGUGUUCCUCUGGACAUACUCAAUGUAGGAGAAUGUGGAGUGGAGCCUCUAAACUGUACACGAAUGCCACACCUGAUUACAAUUACCAGUGAUGAUGGCUGUGUCUCCAGUUCCAAGAUAAACGUAGCCAAGUGUGAUGGUGGCUGUGGGAAAUAUUCCACCCUGUGUUGUGACAAGGCAGUCACCAGUAAAGAGGAUGUAGCUCUCAUCUGUCCAGACAACAGUGUCAAACAUCAAAAGGUGGAUGUCAUAGUGGAAUGCAAGUGUAAACCAGCCCCUAAACCAGCACCUUAACAUGGAGGAUACAUGAAUUCACCUUCAUUUUACCUUUUUGUCACAAAACUUUUUCUGUGCUAUAAAAUUUACCUAAAACACUCUAAAUUAUAAAUAUUUUAGUUGACUGUGUUUUGCACAAAAAAGGUUUAAAUCCUUUCACCAGAACUUGUAAAUUAUUUUAUGGUUGACUUAUCAGCUGUUCUGUUCCUGUGUAUAUUUUUUUUUUUACAUGAGAUUCAGCCAUUUAUUGGUGACUUGAAAUUCAAAAGCAUUUUUUUUUAUUUCUCUUUCUGUUGGUGGUAUACAGAAAUUAAGAUUAUAGAACUUUGGUUGAAGGGAAAGAUCAAGUAAUUAUAAAUUUGGUUGUUUUUUUGUACUUAAGUCCAUUGCAACUUUAUUAUGAAAAUUCAGUUUAUCAAAAAAUUACAUUAUGUUAAUAACUUUUCUAUUUUUCAUACAAAAAAAAAAUGGAAUCAGAAUUUUUUAAACCAUCAGAUAUGGAAUUCUGCUUUUAAAAAACAGUACAUUCAGCAUAAUGGAAAGUUAUCAUAAUCCUGCAAUUACUGUUAUUUUCUUUUAUCUCUUAUUCCUUUAUUUCUAUGAAAAGAAUACAAUGUACCAGAAAAGUGCCAGAGUAGUAUUUGAAUCUGUGAUUAAUGAGUGCUGAGUACUUACAUGUGUCUAUUUCAAUGUAUUUCAAGGGCAACUAAAUUGUUUUCAUUCUGUUACGAAAUGAUGUUACGAUACUACAUUGUAGCUAGAUGUUAAUUGUUAAAUAUUGCUUUACGAAUUUCACUGUCCUAUUUCUAUAUUUGUUAUUACAAAUAAACAAAAUCUUAGAGUA